AUGUCAAUUGAAGUGUUCUUGCGUAGGUUGACGGUCGACAAUAUCCAAAUGGAGGAUUUGAAUAAAAAUGAACCAAAGGCUCAAGACCUCACAAUGCUUGAUAUAUUUUCUUCACUUGUGAAUGUUGAUCGACGUUUUCAUCGAUUAGCAAUAGAUCCUCAUUAUGUUCGUCAUUUUGAUCUAACUGACACGAUGAUCAUCCAAUCACUGUGCAAUCGAUCUUCUUCGAUUGAUAUCCAGUUCCUUCCGCGAUUCAGUGAACAAAUCUUACCUCGAAUUCAUCACCACAUCCAUCAACUUACUGUCGAACAGUCGUCGAUUAAGUCAUUUCUUACCGUCAAUUAUCCUCAACUCAAUUCAUUGUCGUUGGUCAAUUUUGAAGAGGAAAUACUUUAUCAAUGUUUCACUGAUGAUUUAGUUCUUCGUGAUCUGACCGAACGCGUGACAAAUCUGAACGUUGAUAUAAAAAAACCGAUAGAGAAAUUCUCGAAAACUGUGCCGAAGAUUUUCGCAUCCAUCAUCUCUCUAUGCAAAGGAUUAACCGAUCUGAAUUUUUGUUAUAUGUUUCCUACGGGACAAUGCGAGUUGUUUAUUUACGCUAUUCCGCGAAAAAGUAAUAUUUCGUCGAGUUUAACAACGUUGAAAAUCAAUGUCAAAACCUUCAUCGAUUGUGUUUAUAUUCUUGAUGGACGCUUCGAAUGUUUAUCGACGUUCAUUGUCAAAGUGAAAGAGAUUUUUGAUAUACAACUGGAUAUCCGUGGAGGAAAACCACUUCCAAAGCUGAAAUGUUUUUCAUUUAUUAGUUUCGAUAUGACAUGUGAAUAUGAUGAUCUUAUUGUUCCAUUACUUCGUCGGAUGAUCAAUUUGGAAGAACUACAACUGUAUCUAGUCGUAGUAAGAAAGGAAUUGUGUUGUGUUGAUGGCUUUGACUUAUGGUAUCAGUUUCUCGAUCGCAUGACACAACUGAAGAAGUUUACAUUUAACAUCCAUACAACAGUCUGGGCCCGGUGGCCUCAAACUAUAAUUCCAUCAAAUGAAGAUAUUCAACGUAGUUUCCAUGGACGAAACUAUCCACCCGUAGUGUCAUGUAUUACGAAGAGACCAAAAUUGUUUGACCAUGAAUGUCACAUCUAUUCCCUUCCGUACGAUUUUGAAUAUUAUUCUGAUCUCAACAAUCGUUUCCAGGGUGGCAUGUUUUCUAAAGUUCGACAAUUGAAAAUGCGUGACAACGUGCCUUUCGAAUAUUCACUAUUCGAGGUUGUUGCUCGUGACUUUCCUUUUCUCCAAUUCCUGUACAUAUCAAAUACGAAUCCAAUGAAAGACAAAGAAUAUUCCUGUGCAUUGAUCGCAUUUCCUUAUCUGACACUGCUCAAUCUUCAUGAAGCAAAUGUAGACUAUGCCGAACUAUUCCUCUCGCAAACAAAGAUGCAUCUACCAUGUUUAUUGAAUCUCUCGUUGGAGUUGAAUCAACUCACAAGUAUAACAAACCAUUUCACUGAAGAUCCGACGCAUUUCAAUCUGAAGACAUUGAAAAGUAUCGAUGUAUGUGAAUCCUUUGUUCGUCCAGAAAACUUUCAUCAAUAUUGUCCUUUGUUAUAA